AUGAAUAGGCCGGGGUGUACUCAAGGGAUUAGAUCAGGCUGGAAAGUUCUUCUUCGGCGCGACGAUGGAUUCUUAUUAUUUAAACUCUCUCUCUCUCUCUCUCUCUCUCUCUCUCUCUCUCUCUAUCUAUCUAUCUAUCUAUCUAUCUUACUGAAAAGAAAUCAAUCUUUGUCUUCCCACCUCAUCGUUUUCACUGUUCUUUCUACCGCUAACACUUCUUUCACCAUUAAUCCUCUCUUCCUCCGCCUUCUUUAUGAUUUUUCCUUCUCGAUUUCGUUUUCUUCUUCUUCUUCUUCUUCUUCUUCUUCUUCUUCUUCUUCUUCUUUUCGCUUUAUUCUUCUUCUUUUCGCUUUCUUCUCGAUUUCUUCUUCUUCAUCAUUUUCUUCUCCUUCUUUUCGCUUUCUUCUCGAUUUCUUCUUCUUCAUCAUUUUCUUCUCCUUCUUUUCGCUUUCUUCUCGAUUUCUUCUUCUUCAUCAUUUUCUUCUCCUUCUUUUCGCUUUCUUCUCGAUUUCUUCUUCUUCAUCAUUUUCUUCUCCUUCUUUUCGCUUUCUUCUCGAUUUCUUCUUCUUCAUCAUUUUCUUCUCCUUCUUUUCGAUUUCUUCUCGAUUUCUUCUUCUUCAUCAUUUUCUUCUCCUUCUUUUCGAUUUCUUCUCGAUUUCUUCUUCUUCAUCAUUUUCUUCUCCUUCUUUUCGAUUUCUUCUCGAUUUCUUCUUCUUCAUCAUUUUCUUCUUCUUUUCGAUUUCUUUUCGAUUUCUUUUUAUUCUUCUUCUCGAUUUUUUCUUCUUCUUCGUAAUUUUUUCUUCUUUUCGAUUUCUUCUUCUUCUUCUUUUCGCUUUCUUCUCGAUUUCUUCAUCAUCUUCUUCUUCUUCUUUUUCGAUUUCUUCUUCUUCUUCUUCUUCAUUUUCUUCUCCUUUUUCUUUCUCUUAA